UUUCGAGUCUGGCAGCCCUCGGCGUUACUUGCAUGCAGUCUUUUUCUCAGACAUUUUCGUGAAAACGUGACAAACAUGGCUCGUGGCCCCAAAAAGCAUUUGAAGCGCUUAAACGCCCCGAAAGCAUGGAUGUUGGACAAGCUGGGCGGUGUGUUCGCACCGCGUCCAUCCCAGGGACCGCACAAGCUGCGUGAGUCUCUGCCGCUGGUGAUCUUCCUGCGCAACCGCCUCAAGUACGCCCUGACCAACACCGAAGUCACCAAGAUCGUGAUGCAGCGCCUCAUCAAGGUGGACGGCAAGGUGCGCACGGACCCCAACUUCCCUGCUGGAUUCAUGGAUGUUGUGACCAUUGAGAAGACCGGAGAGUUCUUCCGGCUGAUCUAUGACGUGAAGGGACGCUUCACAAUCCAUCGCAUCUCCGCCGAGGAGGCCAAGUACAAGCUGUGCAAGGUGAAGAAGGUGCAGGUGGGCCCCAAGAACGUGCCCUUCCUCGUCACGCACGAUGGUCGCACCAUCCGCUAUCCGGAUCCCCUGAUUAAGGUCAAUGACUCGAUCCAGCUGGACAUUGCCUCGUGCAAGAUCACCGACCACAUCAAGUUCGAUUCAGGAAAUCUCUGCAUGAUCACGGGAGGACGCAAUUUGGGGCGUGUCGGCACUGUCGUCAAUCGCGAGAGACAUCCGGGAUCCUUCGAUAUUGUCCACAUCAAGGACAGUCAGGGUCACAUGUUCGCCACGCGACUCUCCAACGUCUUCAUCAUCGGCAAGGGUGCCAAGACGUACAUUUCGCUGCCGAAGGGCAAGGGUGUGAAGCUGAGCAUCGCCGAGGAGCGCGACAAGAGGCUCGCGGCCAAGGCGGCGCACUAAACGUCCGCAGAUCAUGAAAUCCUGCGGGGUUUUCAAUAAAAA